AUGCAGCCUCGCCGCACAGCCGCCGCCGUGGCGGUUCUACUGUUCUCUACUCUCCUCCUCCUCCCCUCCGCCGCCGAUGCCCAUAAUAUCACCCGCAUCCUGGCCCAGCACCCCGAGUUCUCCACCUUCAACCACUACCUGACCGAGACGCACCUGGCGCCGGAGAUCAACCAGCGGGAGACCAUCACCGUCUGCGCGGUGGACAACGCCGCAAUGUCGGAUCUGCUCGCCAAGCACCUCACCAUCGGCGCCAUCCGCAACGUCCUCUCCAUCCACGUCCUUCUCGACUACUUCGACGGGAAGAAGCUCCACCAGAUCACUGACGGCACCGCCCUCGCCGCCACCAUGUUCCAGGCAACCGGAUCCGCCCCGGGCUCCACCGGCUUCGUCAACAUCACGGAUCUGAAGGGCGGUCGGGUCGGGUUCGCCCCGCAGGACGGCCCCGUCGCCGCAACCUUCGUCAAGUCCGUCGAGGCCAUCCCCUACAACAUCUCCGUCAUCCAGAUCUCCUCCAUCCUACCCUCCCCGGAGGCCGAGGCGCCGGCGCCGGCGCCGAGCCAGGCGAACAUUACUGCCAUCAUGUCGGCGCACGGCUGCAAGGUUUUUGCCGAGACGCUGCUAGCCAAUCCGGACGCCGAGCAGACGUUCCAGAGCAACGUCGAAAGCGGACUCACGAUAUUCUGCGCCGGGGACGAGGCUAUGAAGAGCUUCACCCCCAGAUUCAGAAACCUAACCGCGGCCGGAAAGCAAUCGCUGCUGGAAUACCACGGGAUCCCGGUCUACCAGUCACUGGCCGGCCUGAAAUCGAGCAAUGGCCUGACCAAUACGCUGGCCACCGAUGGCGCCAGCAAGUUCGACUUCACGGUGCAGAACGACGGCACCGACGUGACAAUCCGGACGGGAAUCGCUCCUCGUAUUUCGUACCAAGAUCUCAAAUCUGAGCCCUUCGAUUUAUCGUGA